UUGACAGCCAAUGCUUGUAUCCAUGGAGUUUGUUGGGUGUGGCUUUGUAUGAUCGGUUCAGUGCCGGCGCGGAAGCUGUGCUGGAAGUGAGAUUGUUUUCACAGACAAUCGAAGAGGUCAAUGCUGCAUAAAUGUGGCGUCGGAGCAGGAAGUGCUGCAUCAUCAUCAUCAUCAUGUAAGUCGCCAUUAUCGCUCGCAUUUCUGCUCACUGUCUGCAAAACUAUCCGAAACCUCGAGCAAGUCCACGCCCAAAUCAUCCACAAAGGGGCGGAGCAAGACCACUUCAUCAUAACCCGCUUCAUCUCUCUCUGCAUCUCCCUUUCCUCUAACAUCUCCUACACCGCCGGCGUCUUCGACUGCGUCUCGCAACCCAACAUCUACCUCUGGAAUACCCUCAUCAGAGGCUGCUCCCAACACUCUUCUCUCGCCCAUUCUGUCUCCGUUUUUCUACGGAUGAUGCGGAGUGGGAAUGCUGUUCCCGACAAAUAUACGUUCCCUUCGUUGGUUAAAGCCUGUUCGAACGAAUUGGCUUUGACGAAAGGUUGGGCAAUUCACGGGCUGAUCGUGAAGUAUGGUACUGAUCGGGAUGUUUUUGUCGGGUCUAGUUUGGUUGAUAUGUAUGGAAAGUGCCGAGAGAUUAAGUGUGCACGUAAGGUUUUUGAUGAAAUGUGCGUGAGAAAUGAGGUGUCUUGGACGGCUAUGAUUGUGGGGUAUGUGAAUGGGGGGCACGUCGUUGAAGCAAAGAAGCUUUUUGACGAAAUGCCUGUCAGAAAUCUGGCUUCAUGGAAUGCAAUGAUUGCUGGGUUUGUGAGGUUCGGUGAUUUGAAGAGUGCAAGGCAGUUGUUUGAUGAAAUGCCCGACAGGAAUGUGAUUUCUUUUACGACAAUGAUUGAUGGGUAUGCCAAAGCUGGUGACAUGGCUUCAGCAAGGGUUUUGUUUGAGCAGUCUCCUUAUAGGGAUAUUUUUACUUGGUCAGCGUUGAUCUCGGGGUACUCCCAGAAUGGUCAGCCUAAUGAGGCUGUUAAAAUUUUUAUUAAAAUGCAGUCUAUGAACGUCAAACCAGAUGAGUUCAUAAUGGUGAGCUUGAUGUCUGCUUGUUCCCAGAUUGGUAGUUUGGAACUGGCUAAAUGGGUUGAUUCUUAUGUGAGCCAAAGCUCGCUUGACCUCAGCCGAGCUCAUGUUCUUGCAGCUCUUGUAGACAUGAAUGCCAAAUGUGGCAACAUGGACCGAGCAACAACAUUAUUUGAGCAGAUGCCUAAACGGGACCUGAUUUCUUUUUGUUCUAUGAUACAAGGUCUGUCAAUUCAUGGACAUGGCGCUCAAGCAGUUUCCCUCUUUGAUAGGAUGCUAAGUGACGGGCUUACUCCUGAUGGUAUUGCUUUCACAGUCAUUCUGACUGCAUGUAGUCAUGCAGGACUUGUUGAAGAGGGCUGUCGAAUUUUUUAUUCUUUGAUAAAUGAUUACUCUCUGGUUCCUUCUACAGAUCAUUAUGCCUGUAUGAUUAAUCUUCUUGGCCGGUCUGGAAAUCUCAGAGCAGCUUAUGAUCUACUGAAGUCCAUGCCAGUGGAACCUCAUGCUGGUGCUUGGGGUGCCCUUCUUGGGGCAUGUAAGCUACAUUGUGACAUUGAAUUGGGAGAGAAGAUAGCUGCUCGACUUUUAAAGAUUGAGCCCCAAAAUGCUGGUAAUUAUGUGUUGUUGUCCAACAUGUAUGCAGCAGAAGAUCGGUGGUCGGAUGUUACCUUGAUUAGGAAUAAAAUGAAUGAAAGAGGAUUAAGGAAGAUACCUGGCUGUAGCUGGAUAUAGAUUCCAAAGGUGAGUGUCAUGGGGUAUUCUUUGUUAACCAGGGCCAUGGUUCUAAAUCUCUCAAGGAAAUUUCCGUUGGAAAGGAGAGAACUUGUUAGAAUGAAUGCUGACUAAACCAGAACGUGGGAAAGCAAGUUCGAAAGUGAAUCAUUGUUGAGAUGAGAAUUAUAUGUGCUUCAUGUGUGUAGAAACACGGUGGUGCCAAUUGGUUGUAGGAAGUCAUGCUGGAGCAAGCUGUACGCCUAGCUGCAAUAUUUGUUAAAAAAUUUACUUGUAUCCUGAUGUUCUGUAGGAUACAUCAAUCCAACUUGAAUGGAAAUUGUCUACAAGUGUUGCUGGAGAAGUGAGCUAUAUGUGAUGUCUGUCCCAGAACACAUUCUGAUGUUGAUAGAGAGGAUUUCUGCAUAAGUUAUCGUUUACAUGAAGGGGAACUGGCAUCUGAUAUGCAGUUAACUGAAACAAAGCAUUACCUUCUAUUAAGUACGGCUCUCUUUCCUUGUCAGGAAACCAAACGCAAAGAUAUAGAGUGAUUUGGUGCAACAUCUUUCAAAACCUUGCAUACCAGCCACUAAAGCAUCUCCAAGCUGGUGGCUGAUUGGCUAGUAAAAAAUGCUUGUUUACAUCCCAAUUUCGAUGCAUUCAAUUUCCACAUCAGUCUUAGCCAGGAGAAAGCAUGCAUGAAGGCACUCCACGACAUGGUGUCAAUUUAUAUUAAGUUCUUUAUAGUCACUUAUUAGACUGGGAAGCCACACGUUCAACCUCACCAAGUUGGUGCCCUUGUACAUUCUUCACCACUGCUGGGUUUCAAUGAAGAUGUAGUUACCUGAUUGUGAUGGUCUGUCAUUGCUGUGCUCGGUCUGGGUCUGGCAGUCUGGUAGAAACUUCAAUAUUGUUCAUGCAAUUCCAUAAACUGCAGGAGCAGUAACUAAUAGCCCUUAGAAGGUUAAAGCAUGCUAUAUUGAGUCUCAUUGUUGGAUCGUUUUGCUCAAAACGGUAGUUUGUGGAAUUAUCUACAAUGCGGUUGGCCAUAUAUAUGGGAGCUGCUCCUCCUCUUCAUGGGAGUUACCGUGGUCAUAAUUUUGACACUCAAAAAGUUAUGAUGUGUUACCAUGAAACUGGAAUAGGUAUACUUGUUGAAAAGGGUACCCAACCCUACUUAAUUCAUUUAUUAGUGAAUUAAAUGGCUUACCUUCUUUCCUUGAUUUGCUGGCAUAGUCUACAUUUCAAGCCAUGCAUUUCUGUGUUCAUGUUAAUUUGAAGGAAUCCAUCACGCUUAGUCGCUCAACAGGGUUACUAGCUUAAGCAAAAUUUAUUCUAUGUUUUGGUUCAACAAUAAAAACCACAUUUUUUGUUUGGGGUUUCUAUUACAGAGCUUUAUAUGAUUCCUUUGUUGGUUCCACUCCCAACCAUACUUCAAACUGUGUCUCUCCUCCUUAAAACCACUGGUGGGCAUCAACUGCCACUGUUAAAACUGUUUCAAGCAUUCGGAUACAUAUAUAUAUAUAUAUGGCAAAGCCAGCUCAUGGCACCACAUAAACUUGGUUGAUUCAUUUGCAUAAAAAUGUUCAUUAAACUAUCUAAUCAUGUUUAGGAGCCAAGGUCUCCAUGUGUGCUUCCACGUACAAGGUAUCAGUUCACAAACCAUCAAAAUUUGCAGCAUGUAGGACACUUUCUUUCUGUUGACCGUCACCACCAAAAGAAAUGAACUCGUCUUCAAGGAAAGAAAUGGAUGACUCCAGAUAAUCAUCGUUGUAGUCAUCAUCUUCACCAUCAUCAACAAAAUUAGGAAACCCAACAACCUUCACAUCUUUGGCAUAAGAAUUAGAGUGUCCUACAAGCUGGUUGGCUUCCAUCUGUUCUUCUGCUGUUUUUGCCAAAGAAAGAAGAAUAUUUUUUGCCUUCUGAUCAGGAACAACACCAGAAAACUCCAUCUCUUUGUACCAUACAACUGCACUGUCAAAGUCCUUAUUCUUGCCAUAUGCAUCCAUGAUGGUUGUGAAUAUAGUUUGAUUGGCUUUGAUAUCACAAGCUCGCAUUUUUUCGUAUUGCUCCAUCAUCUUUUCAAGAUUAUUGACCUUUGCGUAGCC